AUGGCAAAACCUUUUCGCAUAUUGCGGAGUCCUGUUGUCCUGACAUAUGGGCACCUAGCAGGGAUGCUGUUGGCCACUGUGGCUGCAUGCGUGGUCUGUCAUGGGAUAACUCGCUCCGCUUGUCAAGCAGAGCUUCCUGCAAAACCGGAUUACGUGAAGGAUCCCGAUUACACGGGUUACCGAUCACCCUGGUGGUUCGUGCACUAUAAGACCUCCAAGGUGGAUGAGCGUGCAGAUACUUUCUCGCAUUAUGCUCAGUUUGCUGACCAGCGAAGCAAAGAACCCAAUUGGAGAGAUCCGGCUGACAAGAAGACUCAGGCUGUCUCCGGACCAUCCUCUGAGCUCCAGAACAUUCAGCCCCUCGUGGACUUCCUUUUGAAUUUCAUCCAAGAGCAUUCGAUCUCCUCCAUGGUCGAGGCUUCAGCUGGCCAUUGGCCAAGCGGUUGGCAAUCUAAGGUCAGCUGGCCACCCAUUGCAUAUACCGGGGUAGAUCUCUUACAGGAGAUGGUUGAUGCGAAUCAGAACUUUUUGCAAGGCAACGCCGUUGGAUUCUCAUCCUUCAAGACAAUGCGUGCCGACAUGACCCUCACGCCGCUGCCCCAAGCAGAUUUACUGUUGACCAAGGACACCUUGCAGCACAUGCCCAAUGUGGACAUUUUCCGGUAUCUCAUCCGACAGCAACUUCUUACAGCUUCUGGCGAACGCAGAUUCAAGUACGUGAUUUUCGCCAAUGUCUGGUGCACUGCCAGUGAGUAUCCCAAUCACGACAUUCCUCAAGAAGAGCAUGCGUGCCAGUGCAUUGAUCUUGCUGCAGAACCUUUCAAUUUGCCAGUAGAAACGGUUUCCUUGCCUUGCGAGCCACCCUGCAACACAGGCAGAGUGCAGGUCCUAAAGAUGAUAUAG